AUGCGCGACUUCAAAUAUGUCUACGAAAAUGUGGGCGAUCCGUUCAUCAUCGAUUAUUGCCACAAAAAUCAAUCGAUAUCCAUAAGUCACGACAAUUUUUAUGAGAUGUGGAGCAAAUUUCGACCAAGGUUUUCUGAUAACUUGAUUUCGGCUAGAAAAAUUGGGGAAACUGUGGUGCAUUUUGAAGUUUUGGUUAGGGAUAGAGAGGCGUUUUUUGAGGCGGCGUAUCGAAGUCAUAUGAGAUUGAAUUUGAUUUUUUAUAAUUGGGUUAUUGUUAAAACUUGGAUUUGUGAUUGA